ACCUCUUGAACAACGUGUGUUUCUGACCGUAGUGGAUAUUUACCGAUUUACUACUCUGUGUUUGAUCUUCCUUGAAUAGUUAUUUUGAAUACGAUUAUAUGGAAAAGCAAUUGGAUAGAAGGAUAAGUUAACGUUGGCCGUGGGAAUACGGUCUUGAAAUCACCAGUGGAAAACAAUGAAAAAUAAAUUAACAGGAAAGAGUAAUGCAAAUGAGGCUGGCGACGAGGCUGCCACUUACGCUGUGGGGCAAGUGUCCGGCUGCUUGUUUCCCAACAAAUCUGCAGCUGGCUCGGGAUCACUGUCUGCACUAUUCUCAUCCAGUUCGACAACCAACACUGUGAAGUUCGUCCCAGCGCCAAAGCUGCCUGAACCGAAGCCUGUAAAAGAUGAAGAUGCAGCCGCAGGCCCUGCAGCAACCCCUGGAAAGGUACAACCAAAGAAAAGUAAAAAGCCCAAAUCAGCAGCAGAAUUAAAGCUUGAGAACAGAGAAAGUUCUUUACAAAAUGCGGACAAUGAGGACACAGUGGCGAAGACCCCGAAGGCACCCAAGCGGAAAGCCCCAAAGGUUGAGGAUGAAGACGCAGCAGGGAAUGAUGGGAAGCCUGCUAAGAGAGUAAAGACCUUUAAGGACUACGCCGCUGAGAGAGUGAAGUUGAGCAGGACCGUGUUCGUGGGCAAUCUCCCCGUCAGUUGCACCAGAGAGGCACUUCGGGCCAUUUUUAAGGAACAUGGACCCAUCGAAUCGAUACGGUUUCGUUCAGUGGCUAGAGAAGAUCCAUCCAUGUCUCGCAAAGUAGCCGCCAUUCAUCGUAAAGUUCAUCCCAAAAAGCAGAGCAUCAACGCAUACAUAGUUUUCAAAGAGAAGGAGGCAGCAGAUAACGCCCUUACUAGGAAUGGCUUGGAGAUUUCGAAGGACUUUCAUAUCCGAGUGGACACCGUCUCCAAACAACAUGAUCACAAGCGAUCCAUAUUUGUUGGCAAUUUACCAUAUGACAUCGCGGAGCUGGCCCUGAGGCAGCACUUUGAGGACUGUGGCUCGGUGGAGGCCGUACGGCUGAUCAGGGACAGAGACACCGGCAUGGGGAAAGGAUUCGGCUACGUGCUGUUCGAGAGUCCUGACUCGGUGCAGCUCGCCCUGAAGCUGGACGGCUCCACUCUGUGCGAGCGCAAGAUCCGCGUGAAGCGUUCGGUCAAAGACAAAGAUGCGAAAGCGACGGCCUCCGAAGAUGGAAAGGGCCGAGGCCAGAGGAGGACGGGACCCAUGAAGACAGGACAGAAAGAAGGACCUCCAGGCAAACCUGGUGGUGUCAGUAGAGGAGGAGGAGGCGGCGGUGGUGGUUUCGGUAGAGGCAGAGGCGGCCAGAAGCCCUUCCAGAGAAAUCAGGGGAAGAAGACGUCCCCCUCAACUUUCAAAGGAGAAAUGGCCGACCCCGGGGCCAAGAAGCACAAAGGACAGAAAAAGAAAUCUAAACCCCGGAAUAAGGACAAGAUCCACUUAUGAGGAGGUGGUCAGUCACAUUUGUUUCGUCGACGUUUUGACAGGAACAAGAAUAAGAUAUUACUCCCAUUGCUCAUUGGUUUAUCAAUGGUUUCGUCUUUUAAAUGGUAUGAAUGAACUUUAAAAUGAGAACAUUCUGUGGUCACAUUUGUUUUUUGUAACAGGAACAUCAGGGGGGUAUUCCAAGUACGUGAUUUAUUGACAAACCUGGGUAAAUUAACCCAGAGUAAGUGGUAAACCUCCUACAACAAGAACAAACACAGCAUUGUUUUGUUAGAAUGAAGCCAUACAGGUCUUGUUGUAGGUUUACCACUUACUCGAGUUAAUUUACCCAGGUUUGUCAAUAAACCACGUACUUGGAAUACUCACAUUAAGAUAUUAUUCCCAUUUGCCACUGAUUAAUCACUGCCGUUGUCUUUGACUGUUAAAAUGAGGACAUUCUGUGAUCACUGUAAAACUUUGUCUCAGAACAGACAAUGUGAUAAUCAUUCAACAGUAACUGUUUAAAAAAAAAAAAAUCACAUCACAAAAUCAAACCAUACAGCAGUGGUUGCAGCUCAAUCCUUCUUUAUUAUUUUUUUGGUAAAAAUAAAAACAGGGCAACAUUCCUUAACAUGA